AUGAAGGUGUUAACUGUAUUGUUGACUUUGGCUCUUGCUGCCUCAUACGCAGAAGAUUCUGCUACAGAGGUAUCUGCUACAGGUUACCAUGGAAAGAUUGGUAUUCCUUUGGCUAGGAAGAUCAAAUUGGCCGAAGAACAAGGACAGUUAACUUUGGAUGGUCAAAGGAUUGUGGGCGGUUCUAUUGCUGACGUCAGUCAAGUUCCCUACCAAGUUGGUCUCGUCAUCACAAUCCUCUGGAUUUUGACAUCAGUCUGCGGUGGCAGCCUCAUCUCCACUACUCGUGUGCUUACUGCUGCCCACUGCUACCACGAUGGGUUCAUCACUGCCAACUCCUUCCAAACUGUCCACGGAUCCAACUUGCUGUUCACCGGAGGAGUGCGGCUCACCACAACAGAUGUUGAGGUCCACCCUAACUGGGAUCCCCAAACGAUUGCCAAUGAUAUUGCUAUCCUUCGCAUACCUGCAGUCACCCUUUCUAAUGUAAUCCAGACAAUCGCUCUGCCUUUCAAUGAUGGUUCAAAUCUUUUUGUCGGAACUGACGCGCUCGCUUCUGGAUACGGCCUAACUUCCGACGGUGGAAGCAUCAGCAUCCUUCAACGCCUAAGUGCCGUGACUCUCACCGUGAUCCCCAACAGCGUAUGUGAUGAAGUCUACAGACCCUUCAUCACCGAUAAAAUUAUUUGCACCAGCGGCGCCGGCGGCCAAGGCACUUGCAGUGGUGACUCUGGUGGUCCUCUGGCUGUUAACAUUAAUGGCGUUCCUACACAGAUCGGUGUGACAUCGUUCGGCUCAUCUCAAGGUUGCGCAAUCGGUCUGCCUGCUGGCUACGCGAGAGUCACGUCCCAUGUGCCUUGGAUUACUUCCGUCAAUUACAACAUGAAACUCACUUCACUUAUCAUGUUAAUGUCCGUGGUAACAAAUGCUUUCGGGAUAAAUUACAACUCAUUACCGUCAAACGUUGGUGUAUAUGAUUAUCAUCGAAAUAUCGGCAUACCACUGGCAGAAAAUAUAAAGAAGCAUGAAAGUGAAAUCAGCAUGCAGCGGAUUACUGGUGGGUUAGUGACCGAAAUCGAUGCAGUGCCUUAUCAGGCAGGUCUCAUGAUCGCAGUUCUCAACAAUCUUUCUAUCUGUGGGGGCUCCAUAAUUUCUGCCACUACAAUCCUCACAGCUGCCCACUGCUAUUCUGACGGCAGAUCAACAGCUGACGCCAUACUGGUUGUCCUGGGCUCCAACCAACUGUUUUUUGGAGGCACAAGGAUAGAUGCAGUAGAUGUGGUUGCGCAUUCUGGAUUCAAUCCCGUAACAGCAGCAAAUGACAUCGCCGUUAUAAGAGUGCCAAGUGUCGUAUUUUCUUCGCAGAUCCAACCGCUGGCCCUUCCUUGGGGCGAAGUAAAUAUGGAUUUCACUGGCUACCAGGCGCUCGCCUCAGGCUACGGGAUGACAAGCGACGACGAAGACAUAGAGUUACUCCAAACUGUCAGGUCAGUGACAGUUCCUGUGAUCAGUAACGCAGAAUGUGCAGCAGUGUACGGAGGUUUCAUCAUGAGCCAGCACAUCUGCACGAGCGGUGUGGGUGCCAAGGGUACAUGCGGUGGCGACUCUGGGGGCCCGUUGGUAUUAGAGAUCGACUCAAGGACUGUUUUGGUGAGUGAGGGGGCAUUCCACUGA